CAGUUAUCUUUACAAGAAUAUGGAAAAGAAGUGGACAUCUUUGCUUUAGGACUUAUUCUAGGUGAACUCCUUCACAUAUGCAUCACUGACUUAGAAAAGUCAAAGUUUUUCAACGACCUAAGAGAUGGCAUCUUCCAUGAUGAUAUAUUUGGCAGCAAGGAAAAAAGUCUUCUAAAGAAAUUACUCGCGAAGAAACCCAUGGAACGACCUAGUACUUCUGAAAUUCUGAUGACCUUGGCUGAAUGGAAGAGUAUCUCAGAGAUACAGAAAAGACACACACUUUAG